UUUCUCAGAGUUAAUGUCGAAGGAGGUUUUUCAGGCUCACAGCCCAAAUACUUUUUUCCUCCCAGGCGGUUACCGGGGCAUCUGAACAGAAUCGUCUUGUGUAUUUUGUGUAAAGGAAUCCCUCAUGGAUGUAAAAUCUGAAAGCUGGAGACGACAACCUAUGCCUCAGAAUCGAGCUGGACAGGACGACACGUCUCACAUAGCAUGGAGGAGAUCUGGAGAUGAAAGUUUCUGGGAUAGGUCUCCUCGUGCAGCUCGUCCACACAGCUGUAUUGAAGGCAGGCUGAAGGACGAGUGGCUCCAAACACUUAACAAUCAACAGACUUGUCCCAUUCAACAGCAGCUGUCUCCUUACUAUCAGAAGACCGACACACCUCGGAGUGUAAGCCCCAGUCUGGUGGCAAGCUCUCGGAGCAGUCUGGAGUCUCUAUAUUCUGGACUGGAGCGCAAAGAAAGGGUUCAAAUUAAGACAGGACAGAGCACUCAGACAGCCAAGGUGUGCUGCCUUCCUCCAGUUCGGAUUGGAUGGCUGCCCUUACAGAGACACGUGGUGAAGAAGGAGACGCCAAUUAAUGCAUCUCAACACGAUGGCACCACCUGCAAGGUGAAGCUGAAGCCACCUAUUACCCCUGUAUUAAGCUGCAGUUAUGGCAAAGCAAAUGGAUCAGAGCCAGGAGCUGGGACUGCCGGACAUGGGGUCAGGGGGAUGUCUGGAGCCAUCUUUCUGCAGGCUGAUGGUAAAAGAAAGGCCACUCUAGCAGAAAGAGAUCAGGACACAGCACUUGAUCGGGCCACCAGCAUGCAGAACAAAUCUCAUGACAGAUUUCUGUGGCAAACCCCAGUGCACCGGAGAGGGAGUGUUCCUCAGGAAUCUCUCCUCAUAGCACCGCCUGUAGGUGGCAGAAUGUCUCCCAAACACAGGAGCUCUAUAUCCUCCAUCACAAUCACCUCCAGGAAGGUCAUCCGUUCCUCAAGCCUGCCUGAUACCAGCAUAUCUGGCCAGGAUAGAAACAGGGAACCCAGCCCUAUGGCCCUAAACAACCACAUUACUGACCAAGAUUACACAAACACUCUAUGCCCGCCAGAGGUCAAUCCACGGAGGAAAACCCUUGUUGUCAAAAUUACUGAGCAAAGAGUAGAGACCAGUAGAAUUCUGCAGCCAGGUGCUAAAAAUGACCCAGUCUGUAGUUUCCCUUCAAGUAGGACUACUGGAGAAAACUAUUUAUCACACUUCUCUAAUAGAAGGAGCUCUGAUCUUGCAGCUUCUAAUCUAUCCAGCGUGAAGAACCACCCCUUACUGGCUUCCUUAAGUGUGACUGGUAGAAAUAACCAUAUCCCAGAAAUCCACCCAAGAGACUCAGAUGCCAGUGGUGCUUCGGAGGAAACCCACCAUUAUCAAGGUGCAGGAGCAAAGAGAUACAUUCAGCAGAAAGGUCGAGGACCAUAG